AUGUCAACCAAACCGAGCGUUUCAUCACCGUUGGUGCAGCACACGGCGUGGCAGAGGCUCUGUGUCUCUGACCUUGACCGCCUCUACCCUCUUCUUGCCGCUUAUAUCCAACAGCCCUCACUCGCAGACUCUGUUACAGAGUUAGUCGUGGAUUUUUCCUCGUCGGAGUAUGCCUGGCCAAAUGAUUACCCUCCCGAUGAGUCCGGGGAGCCCAGCUUGGGAGUUGCCGGCGAUCUGGUGCGUGAGCAUGUGUGCAGCCUUGGCCUUGGUGAUAUUGCGACCAAGGCAAUGCUGCACGUACUACGACUGUGGACGAACCGGCAAGAGCCACCCCGCGGCUGGCAACUAGGGGAUUUACCUUUUGAACCUCAUUACCUGCAAGACGAGUUCGCUGCGCUUGCAGCCGUUGUCCUGCUCAGUCUUUGCAAGAACUUAUCUACCUUGCACAUCGCGCAACCAAUGUCAGGUUUCAGCCCCAUACUGGAGGACUAUUUUCUCAAGAACAAUUAUGGCCUGAUGCAGGCACCAGGUCUACAGAAUCUGAAGAAAGUCGAGGUCUUGCCGGGAGCGUGGGUAUAUUCAGAUAUAGUGUACGGCCAGCUUGAGUUCCUCAGGAUUUUCCAGUACUUCCACCGCCUGCCGGCAAUCAACGCCAUCUCCAUUGAUAGUUGCCAGGAGUAUCAAUCCUAUCAUUGUACAUUCAUACCGCGAACUGGAAAUAUGAAGACCCUCAAGCUGGAGCAUAUCGAUAUGGAUGACUCGUUUCUUGAACUUCUUAUCAGUAUACCCAAGGUCCUAGUCGAACUCAAGGUAUCACUGGGCGGGAAGGAAAAUAUAGACGGCGGGCUUCCAAGAACACGCCCGCACGCCAUCGGAAGAGCGCUACGACAGCACAAAGAAACCAUAGCAACACUUGAUUUGGACCUGGAUUUGUGUGUUUCGGAGUUUGUUUGCAAAGGAGAAGUUCGAGAUGAUCCUGAUGACGAGGAUUCUGAUAUUGGGACAUUUGGUAGAGACUACUACAAGAUGGACCAGGAGACUCGUCUUUUAGUUCAGAAGACCCCAGUGGAUCUUGAGAGUUAUGGGUGGACGAUAGGCUCCCUCCAUGAGUUUCCCUCUCUCACCCACCUCAGCGUUGGGAUAUACACGCUUCUAGGCCCUCCCGAAUCGCGUGGUGAGCGCCUUGCCCGUCAGCCCCCAUUUCGGCUCAUCGAUGCUUUGCCACCCAGCUUGGAGUCUUUCUGUCUGUAUGGUUACAAGAAGGGAGAAAAUCUUGAUGUUGAUGAACAUGUGAACGAAUUUAUUGACAACAGGGAAGCGAAAUUCCCAAGACUGAAGGAGGUGAGAGGAAUUGAGGAGGAGUUCCCAGGUGUGGCACAGCUGUUCCCCGAGGAUUCUCACUUUGACCGUAUAACAUCUGGCAUGGAAGAGGAAGAAGAGGGGAGUAAUCAAUGGAAGACACCAGAGUUCCCCAGCGAGUGGAAACCGGUGGAACAAUGA